AUGGCGACUGAGUAUAAGAUCAAAGGUCUUUCCGGUCUAGACUUGAAAAGCGGGGAAAAGCGUGAGGUAGAACUUGAAGGCAUUGAAAAUGGCAAGGUCCUACUGGCAAAAGUCGGCGAGAAAACAACUGCUCUGAGUCCCAAUUGCACUCAUUACGGGGCGCCACUGAAAUUCGGCGUGCUUACACCGGACGGGAGAUUGACCUGCGCCUGGCAUGGAGCUUGUUUCAAUACUAGCACCGGCGAUGUCGAAGACGCUCCUGCACUCGAUCCACUGGCCACCUUUGACAUUGUGGAGAAGAAUGACGGAGUGUAUAUAAAAGGCGAUGAGCAGACCAUCAAGGUGAGCAGGAGACAGCCAAACACGAGAUGCUCGCCUCAAGGUCAGGAGAAGAUCGUCGUGGUGGGAGGUGGUAGCGGCGCGGUUGGAGCCAUCCAGGCUCUCCGAGAGCAAUCAUAUAAAGGCAGCAUAACUUUGAUUUCCAGCGAACCAAAUCUCCCAAUCGAUCGUACAAAGCUAUCGAAAGCCCUAAUUGCAGACGCCUCGAAAGUGGAACUCCAUACACGAGAGUGGUACGAUGACGCUGCUAUUAAAACCGUCUCAGAUAAAGUCUCAAGUGUGGAUUUCAAGGCCAAGACCGUCUCGACUUCGUCCGGCAAGUCUUAUCCAUAUACCAAACUCAUUCUGUCAACGGGUGGUGUGCCCAAAGCGCUCCCACUCCCAGGUUUCAAAGACCUCAACAACAUCUUUCUACUCCGAAGCAUCCCUGACGUUCAAGAAAUUCUGAAGGCCGUAGGCGAGCAGAAGCAGAAGAAGAUCGUCGUCAUUGGCUCCUCUUUCAUCGGCAUGGAGGUCAGUAGUGCCCUGGCCAAGGAGAAUGACGUCUCCGUAGUUGGCAUGGAAUCCACUCCACUCGAACGAGUCAUGGGCGCCAAAGUCGGGAAGAUAUUUCAGUCCAACAUAACUAAAGCUGGUGUCAAAUUUCUUAUGAGUGCUUCGGUCGACUCGGCCGUGCCAUCGUCGUCCGAUUCCAAAUCCGUCGGAUCUGUCAAAUUGAAGGACGGCACCAAUCUGGAGGCUGAUCUUGUUGUUCUUGGGGUUGGAGUUGCUCCAGCCACACAGUAUCUUCAAAAUAACGCUGCGGUGCAAUUAGAGAAGGAUGGGUCCCUCCAAACCGACGAAUCGUUCGCCGUAAAAGGCAUCCCGGACGUUUACGCCAUUGGCGACAUUGCCACAUUCCCGUAUCACGGCCCCGGUUCCGACGGCACACUCACUCGAAUCGAGCACUGGAAUGUGGCACAAAACGCCGGCCGAUCUGUAGCGGGCUCGAUUGCCUCAGGUGGAAAAGCGAAACCAAAGAAUUUUAUUCCCAUCUUUUGGUCUGCGUUGGGCGGUCAGCUCAGGUACUGCGGAAACACUCCCAAUGGGUGGGAUGACCUAGUAUUGCAAGGUGAGCCAGAGAAUGGAAAGUUUGCGGCUUUUUACGGGAAAGGCGAUACGACUGUCGCGGUGGCAAGUAUGAUGAUGGACCCGGUCAUGUCGCAGAGUGCGGAACUGAUGAAGAGGGGCAAAAUGCCAGGGUUGAAGGAGUUAAGAGGGGGCCUAGACGUGAGGGAUGUUGAUCUGUCGAAAUUGUGA